GCUGUGAAACAGCGCGAGUCUCAUCAUCAGCACCGCAUCGCCAGGCAAGCAGCCUCGAGACCCACCGACCAACGGACCCUCAGUGGUCCCUCAUCACAAAUACUAUAAUAACGAAGAGGAGGUAGACUCCUCACGAGACCAUGUCAGGGCCCCGGUGAACAGACAAACAGAUUUAUUCUCUUUGUUCGCGUCGACGCACCGCUCGCCGCCGAGGAGGGGCCGCAGAAUAGUGCUCUCUCUCUCUCUCUGGCGGAGGAGUGGGGGAAGAGGAGAAGAGAAAGCAACAGAGAGAACCGAGGUAUUUUUCUACCGGAUAACCUAAUGGCAGAGCGCGAGGCGUCGCCGUUACCACUGGAGGUUCGCGCCCGGCUGGCGGAGCUGGAGCUCGAGCUGUCAGAGGGUGACAUCACACAGAAGGGUUAUGAGAAGAAGCGGUCUAAGCUGAUCAGGGCCUACUUCCCUCAUCCUGGAGGUAUGGAGGGUAUGUCUCACCGCCCCCCCUUUGCCCCCCCAUCUGCUGCUCGCUUCCACAGACGGCGCUCUUCUGGAACACGUGAUGAACGCUACCGUUCAGACGUCCACAGUGAGGCGGUGCAGGCAGUGUUAGCCAGACAUGUGGAGAGCAACGUGGCAGUGCCUAUGCCCUCCAAACGACGAUCACUGGUGGUACAGACAUCCAUGGAUGCGUACACACCCCCAGGCCUGUCCCCACUGUGCUCAGACUCGUCGUCGGGCUCAGAGGAAGAGGCGGGGCCAGGCAAUGACAUGCCGGGAAUGGAACACUGGAUGACUCGCCCUGCCCACUUAGGUCCAGCCCACCUAGGCUCCACCUCCUCGUCGUCCUCGUCCACUCAGAGCGGAGGAAGUGGCAACGCAGGACGACUGGCCGACUCGCUCGCACACACACACCUCUCACACCCACACCUGGCACACGCCCACCUCACACACACACACCUGACCCAGUCACACCACGUGUCAGCUCACCACUCACAAACACACCACGGUAUAGGGCACCUGUCUCUGAAGCGUAAGGCAGCUCUGGGCAUGGCGGAGAACGGAGGCUCUCUCAGAAGAUCCUGUGAGUUCGGCUCUGAUAUGCUGUGGCCUCCACCACUGGAGUCUGACGAGAAUCACUCUGCUCCUCCUGAUGUGACUGGCUAUUCGUCUGACUCCUCCCACUCCCGCCCCCACUCAGAGCGCCACAUAGGAACCAUCGCCCGAAACACUCAGAAAUACGGCAACGCUGAACGCAUGGAGACUGGAGACGGUGUCCCGGUCAGCAGUCGUGUGUCUGCUAAGAUCCAGCAGCUAGUGAACACUCUGAAAAUGCCUCGUAGACCUCCGCUAAGAGAGUUCUUUGUUGAUGACUUUGAAGAACUUCUAGAAGUCCAGCAGCCAGAUCCUAAGCAGCCGCGCCCGGAGGGGGCAGAAAUGUUGGCAGUAAGUGGAGAAGCCCUGGGGGUGGUGACUAACUGGCCACCCUCCCUGGAGGCAGCUCUCCAACGCUGGGGCACCAUCAGCCCUAAAGCGCCCUGUCUCACCAGCCUGGAUACCACUGGCAAACCUCUAUAUGUACUCACAUACGGGAAGCUGUGGUCUCGGAGUAUCAAGCUGGCCUAUAACAUCCUCCACAAACUGGGCAGCAAGCAGGAGCCCAUGUUGCGACCGGGGGACAGGGUUGCGCUGGUGUUUCCUAACAAUGACCCGGUGGCCUUCAUGGUGGCCUUCUACGGCUGCCUGCUGGCUGAGGUGGUCCCUGUACCCAUAGAGGUGCCCCUCACACGCAAGGAUGCUGGCAGCCAGCAGAUUGGGUUCCUAUUGGGAAGCUGUGGGGUUACCGUGGCGCUGACCAGUGAUGCCUGCCAUAAAGGCUUGCCCAAGAGCGCUACAGGAGAGAUACCACAGUUCAGAGGGUGGCCUAAGCUGCUGUGGUUCGUGACUGAGUCGAAGCAUCUCUCCAAACCUCCUAGAGAUUGGUUCCCUCACAUCAAAGAUGCAAACAGCGACACAGCCUAUAUAGAGUAUAAAACGUGUAAGGAUGGGAGUGUCCUGGGAGUGACCGUGAUGAGGAUCGCUCUGCUGACUCACUGCCAAUCCCUCACACAGUCGUGUGGCUACACAGAAGCGGAGACCAUAGUGAAUGUUCUAGACUUUAAGAAGGAUGUGGGACUGUGGCACGGCAUCCUCACGAGUGUGAUGAACAUGAUGCAUGUGAUCAGCGUUCCCUACUCUCUGAUGAAGGUCAACCCGUUGUCCUGGAUACAGAAGGUCUACCACUUCAAAGCCAAGGUAGCGUGUGUAAAGUCCAGGGACAUGCACUGGGCUCUGGUGGCCCACAGAGAGCAGAAGGACAUCAGCCUGAGUUCCCUCCGGAUGCUCCUGGUCGCCGACGGAUCUAACCCCUGGUCUAUUUCAUCCUGUGAUGCGUUCCUCAACGUGUUCCAGAGUAAAGGCUUGAGGUCAGAGGUCAUCUGUCCCUGUGCCAGCUCUCCUGAAGCCCUGACCGUUGCCAUCAGGAGGCCAGUGGAGGACAGUAGCCAGCCACCAGGCCGAGGGGUUCUCUCCAUGCAGGGUCUGAGUUACAGUGUGGUCCGCGUCGACACCGAGGAACGCUUGUCAGUCCUCACUGUGCAGGAUGUGGGCACUGUUAUGCCUGGAGCCGUAGUGUGUGUGGUGAAGCCAGAGGGUGUGCCUCUCCUGUGUAAGACAGAUGAGAUCGGGGAGCUGUGUGUGUGUUCUGUCGCCACGGGAACCUCUUACUAUGGAUUGACAGGCAUGACCAAGAACACCUUUGAGGUGUUCCCUGUAGCCUCAGGUGGAGGCCUGGUCAGUGAGUAUGCGUUUGUGCGUACGGGGCUGCUGGGCUUUGUGGGUCCAGGCGGUCUGGUGUUUAUCUCCGGAAAGAUGGACGGCCUCAUCAUGGUCAGCGGGCGCAGACAUAACGCUGAUGACAUCGUAGCCACCGCACUGGCCGUGGAGCCAAUGAAAUUUGUCUACAGGGGGAGGAUAGCAGUGUUCAGUGUGACCGUGCUGCGUGAUGAGCGUAUCGUGGUGGUAGCAGAGCAGAGACCAGACUCUACUGAGGAGGACAGCUUCCAGUGGAUGAGCCGCGUGCUGCAGGCGAUAGACAGUAUCCAUGGUGUGGGUGUGUUCUGCCUGGGGUUAGUUCCAGCCAACACCCUCCCUAAGACCCCCCUGGGGGGUAUACACCUGUCUGAGACCAAACAGCUGUACCUGGAGGGGGGGCUGCACCCCUGUAACGUGCUCAUGUGUCCUCACACCUGUGUUACCAACCUGCCCAAACCACGACAGAAACAACCAGAGAUUGGUCCUGCCUCUGUGAUGGUGGGGAAUCUGGUGUCUGGGAAGAGGAUCGCUAUGGCCAGCGGCAGAGACCUGGGACAGACUGAUGACAACGACCAGUUCCUGUUCCUGUCAGAGGUGCUGCAAUGGAGAUCUCAGACGACGCCUGACCACAUCCUCUACACACUGCUCAGCUCCCGGGGGCUGGUGUCUAGUUCUCUGACCUGUCUUCAGCUCCAUAAGAGGGCGGAGAGAGUUGCUGCCCUGCUGCUGGAGAGAGGAGGACUACAGGAGGGAGACCACAUAGCACUGGUCUACCCACCAGGUAUAGACUUGAUCGCAGCAUUCUACGGUUGCCUUUAUGCUGGCUGUGUUCCUAUCACUGUCAGACCGCCCCACCCACAGAACAUCUCAACCACACUGCCCACAGUCAAGAUGAUCGUAGAGGUCAGUCGUUCGGCCUGUGUGAUGACCACAGCGGUCAUCUGUAAGCUGCUGCGGUCGAAGGAGGCGGUCGCCACAGUGGACAUCAGGAACUGGCCUCCCGUCCUGGACACAGAUGACCUGCCAAAGAAGAAGCCUCCAGCUCUAUAUAAGCCCUGUAACCCUGAUGCCCUGGCCUAUCUGGACUUCAGUGUGUCCACUACUGGCAUGCUGGCUGGAGUACAGAUGUCCCAUAAUGCGGUGGGAGCGUUCUGCCGAUCGGUGAAGCUGCAGUGUGAACUCUAUCCCUCCAGAGAGGUAGCCAUCUGUCUCGACCCCUACUGUGGCCUGGGCUUCGUCCUCUGGUGUCUCUGCAGUGUGUAUAGUGGCCACCAGUCUAUCCUGAUCCCUCCAGUAGAGUUGGAGUCUAACCCAGCCCUGUGGCUGCUCGCUGUCAGCCAGCUCCGAGUCAGAGACACCUUCUGUUCCUACAGCGUCAUGGAGCUCUGCACUAAAGGACUGGGCCUGCAGACAGAGGCACUGAAGGCACGGGGCCUGGACCUGUCCCGUGUGAGGGCGUGUGUUGUGGUAGCAGAGGAGAGACCCAGGAUGUCUCUAACACACUCCUUCUCCAAGCUGUUUAAAGACCUGGGCCUGCACCCCCGAUCUGUCAGCACAGCAUUCGGCUGUAGGGUCAACCUGGCUAUCUGUCUACAGGGAACCUCUGGGCCGGAUCCCACUACAGUGUACGUGGACAUGAGAGCUCUGCGGCAUGAUAGGGUGCGGUUGGUGGAGAGAGGUUCUCCUCACAGUCUCCCUCUCAUGGAGUCAGGAAAGAUCUUACCUGGCGUCCGCAUCAUCAUUGCCAACCCAGAGACCAAGGGACCGCUGGGAGACUCCCACCUAGGAGAGAUCUGGGUGCACAGUGCCCAUAAUGGCAGUGGAUAUUACAGUGGUUAUGGAGAGGAGGUCCUUCAGUCUGAUCACUUCACCUCCAGACUCAGCUUCGGAGACACGUCCACCGUCUGGGCUCGCACCGGAUACCUGGGCUUCUUACGACGUACUGAACUCACCGAUGCCAGCGGAGAGAGACAUGAUGCUCUGUAUGUUGUGGGCGCGUUGGAGGAGGCCAUGGAGCUGAGGGGGAUGAGGUACCAUCCUAUAGACAUAGAGACCUCCGUCAUCAGGACGCACAAGAACAUCAUGGAGUGUGCGGUGUUUCCCUGGACUAACCUGCUGGUAGUCGUAAUAGAACUAGAAGGCUCGGAGCAGGAAGCCCUGGACCUGGUUCCCAUGGUGACCAAGGCGGUGCUGGAGGAGCAUUACCUCAUCGUUGGGGUCGUCGUAGUAACGGACAUCGGGGUGAUCCCCAUCAACUCUCGCGGGGAGAAGCAGCGCAUGCACCUCCGGGACGGCUUCCUACAGGACCAGCUCGACCCCAUCUACGUGGCUUAUAACAUGUAACCCAGAUGCCCCAUCCUGGGGGGGUGGACCUGAGUGAGGGGGAUGUGUGUGUAUGUGUGUUAGCAUGCGUGUGUAUGGAUAUGUGCUUGUAUAUCGCUAGUGUUCAUUUUAAAUCAAGACGUACUGUAUUUUUGAAUCUGCACAUGGUCAUAUGGUGUGGUGCCAGUUGUCUGAUCCUUUAGUUGUGCUGUGGUGGAGGUAUGGCUGUUUCUGCACCCCCGGUUAAACCUGACACCUAGACAGGAAGUCACUGUACAAAACCUUAAGGGAACACUGUGUAUCGAUAGACAGGAAGUCACUGUACAAAACCUUAAGGGAACACUGUGUAUCGAUAGACAGGAAGUCACUGUACAAAACCUUAAGGGAACACUGUGUAUCGAUAGACAGGAAGUCACUGUACAAAACCUUAAGGGAACACUGUGUAUCGAUAGACAGGAAGUCACUGUACAAAACCUUAAGGGAACACUGUGUAUCGAUAGACAGGAAGUCACUGUACAAAACCUUAAGGGAACACUGUGUAUCGAUAGACAGGAAGUCACUGUACAAAACCUUAAGGGAACACUGUGUAUCGAUAGACAGGAAGACUGACUGGACCACUAGUAGUUGUUGUUAGGAGAGAGAGAGAAAAUAUCCCUGAACAUAUCUGUUUUCUUGAUGAAAUAGACAUUAAAAAUAUUAAAGUUAUUAAAGUAUAUUGUCAGAAGAAGACAGGGGGUUCAGAUUAGUGUAUAAAUAUAAAUAUUGUAUAUAAACAUAAUCUAUAUGGAGAGAUAACUGAAACACACUGAGGUCUAGCCCUGUUAUACAGCUCUCUCCACCCACACCCUGUGUACAUGUGUGCGCGUGUGUGUGUGUGUGUGCGCGUGUGUGCGUGUGUGAGCCGCGCAAUGCAGUGCAGUGCACUCCUCUUAUUAGAAUCACAUUCUCAAUUUGUUUCCUAAAACCCAUUGACUCCUAAAUGCCAAGUGAAUCCGUUAGAAGUAAACCAUUGUUUCUAUCCCACAUUGUUUAAACAUUGUACGCAUAUGAUUAUGGUAAUAUGUGAUUCUGCUAAGCAGAGAGCCCAGUAAGUAGCAGGGGGGAAAUGUAGUUGCAAGGAGUUGUAAAACCCAGCUCUGGACCAGAGACACAAUGCUUUCUAAAUGGCCCUAUUUCCUUUAUAGUACACUACUUAGGACAAGUAGGACUCUGUGUAGGGAAUCAGGUGGUAUUUGAGAUACACCCACAGUGAAGUGUUCUAACAGAGACACACCCACAGUGAAGUGUUCUAACAGAGACACACCCACAGUGAAGUGUUCUAACAAAGAGACACACCCACAGUGAAGUGUUCUAACAGAGACACACCCACAGUGAAGUGUUCUAACAGAGACACACCCACAGUGAAGUGUUCUAACAAAGAGACACACCCACAGUGAAGUGUUCUAACAGAGACACACCCACAGUGAGGUGUUCUAACAGAGACACACCCACAGUGAAGUGUUCUAACAGAGACACACCCACAGUGAAGUGUUCUAACAGAGACACACCCACAGUGAAGUGGUCUAACAAAGAGACACACCCACAGUGAAGUGUUCUAACAGAGACACACCCACAGUGAAGUGUUCUAACAGAGACACACCCCCAGUGAAGUGUUCUAACAAAGAGACACACCCACAGUGAAGUGUUCUAACAGAGACACACCCACAGUGAAGUGUUCUAACAGAGACACACCCCCAGUGAAGUGUUCUAACAAAGAGACACACCCACAAUGAAGUGUUCUAACAAAGAGACACACCCACAGUGAAGUGUUCUAACAAAGAGACACACCCACAAUGAAGUGUUCUAACAAAGAGACACACCCACAGUGAAGUGUUCUAACAAAGAGACACACCCACAGUGAAGUGUUCUAACAAAGAGACACACCCACAGUGAAGUGUUCUAACAAAGAGAGACACCCACAGUGAAGUGUUCUAACAGAGACACACCCCCAGUGAAGUGUUCUAACAAAGAGACACACCCACAAUGAAGUGUUCUAACAAAGAGACACACCCACAGUGAAAUGUUCUAACAAAGAGACACACCCACAGUGAAAUGUUCUAACAAAGAGACACACCCACAGUGAAGUGUUCUAACAGAGACACACCCACAGUGAAAUGUUCUAACAAAGAGACACACCCACAGUGAAGUGUUCUAACAGAGACACACCCACAGUGAAGUGUUCUAACAAAGAGACACAGUUUAUUUAUUUAUUUUAAAUAUGUUAGUCAUAAGUUAUUACUUAUGGCAUCUUAUAUGCAUGUUAUCAGUUAUAACUUUUCUGUGAAAAACAUUUUAGUGCUCCUUAUGCUUUGUUUACAUUCAUCUUUUGAGUUUGAUCAUUAAAAACACAACACAUUUCAUUUGUAUUUAAUUCAUCAGCUACUUUUGUCUCAGAGAGCUAUAAUGUGAUGCCAUGUAUGAAAAACAUGCAUAUCAUGACGUGUAUUUAUUUGCUUGUUAUUCUGUACUGGAGAAUGGUGAUGACAUUAUCAGCCCCUGACUGUGUGUUGGAGAGAAACGAGUCUGGUGGGUAGGGUUAAACCUGGUCCAGAAACCAGAGGUGAGAGAGACUGCAUGGUGUGUGUGUGUGUGUUUGUAUGUAUAUAUUGUGUGUAAAUAGUGUUGAUUUUGUACGGUACAGGUGUGUGUGACUGUUUUGUACACAUGAUGAAAAGAUCAGAAGGACACUUUUAUAAGAGCCUUCCAUUGGCUCAAUGUCAUACUAUACGGUGCAAUAAAGUGCUUUGAUUGGUGUGC